AUGCCGAUUGAAUCGUGGAAUCAUGCUUCACCACGCAGGCUCUUGUCCAACGGAAUCCAAACCACUAACAGUGGCCCACAAGAAGAUGAAGACGAAAUAUGCAGCAUCCGUUUAGAAGUAAUAGAAAUAACUUUGCAUACCUGGCCGGAUGGCUACCAGGGGGAAGUUAAUUAUUUGCAGGAACAACACUUCCUAUGCCAAUUCAAUGAGCUGACAGAAAGCCAAGUUACAUACAACCCUCAAGUCAUCGAGCAGUUCCUCAAAAUGAUGAGGUUCAAUGUGCCCACCGACCAAUUGUUUUUUCCAGACAAGUUGAUGAGUGCCAUCCAACAAAUUUACAAUUUUAUCUUUACACAGCAAACUUGA